AUGCACAGCCGCACGCACCGUGCACGGCCCCGCACACACGUGCAUCCCGCACGCAGCGCUGCACACGCAGCCGCAGCUCCCGCACACACGGCCAGCCGCAGCCGCAGCCCCGCUCGCCCACCCGCCGCAGCCCCGCUGCCGGUGCCGGUGCCGCUGCCGUUACCGCUGCCGUUGCCGGUGCCGGCCCCGCGCUGUGACGGGCAGCGGCGGCGGCGGAAGGCGGCCGGAGCCGGGGCCGCCCCUUCCGUCGCGAUGGAGCCGGGCGAGCCGGGCGAGCCGGGGGAGCCGGCGUGGGAGCGGCGGGCCGGGCCGCGGCUGGGCGGCCGGGCGCUGCUGGAGCUGGCGCUGGCGGGCGGAGCGGCCGCCUGGGCCGCCUGGGCCGUGCUGCUGAUGCCGGGCUUCCGCCGGGUCCCGCUGCGGCUGCAGGUGCCCUUCCAGCCCUCCAGCCCCCGGCAAGUGGGCAACGCUCUGCGGCUGCUGCGGGGCCGCUGCGGGAAGACCGUGGAUCUGGGCUCGGGAGACGGACGGCUCGUGGUAGAGGCUUACAAGCAAGGUCUCAGACCAGCCAUCGGCUACGAGCUCAAUCCCUGGCUGCUGUGUCUCUCCAAGUACCGGGCCUGGAAGGCUGGGUGCCACGGCAAGGUUUCCUUCCUGAAGAAAGAUCUGUGGAAGGUGAAUCUUUGUGACUGCCACAACGUGAUCGUGUUCCUGGCCCCCAGUGUGAAGCCUCCCUUAGCCACCAAGCUCCUUGCAGAACUCCCUGAUGAAGCUCGGGUGGUGGCUGGACGCUUCCCCUUCCCCUCCUGGACACCCACCAGCACCCUUGGGCAGGGGCUGGAGCAGGUCUGGGCCUAUGACAUGAAGGAGGUUCGGCGAGCGGGGCAGAGCAGCCUCUGACAGCCCCCCUGAGCCUGGCCUUGGGGCUGAGCAGGGAUCACAGCCUCCCCUGCCCCAGGCUCAGCCUGCGGGGGCUGCUUGGCCAGGCUCUUUCCUGGGGACCUGCAGCCCCUCGGUUUUGCAGCGAGCAGGCAGCCUGGAGGAGGUGAGGGAGGGGCAAAGAACAGGGCUGGGACUGCUGGGUGUAAGGGCUGAAUCCCCAGUGCCUCUUUCUGUACAUUUGCUACUUUAUUUGUAGUUAUUUCUCCAAAUAAACCCUUGGUGUGUUGUU